AACAGAAUAGAGAGCGAGCACCAUGGAGACUGUAAAGACUCGGUGGAUCCUGCUGCUCUCUUUACUCGUUUUGGCCGCAAAUAGCCAUGGGUUGAUUGCCGGUCGAAAAGUUUCCUCUCCCACACAGAAGAAACAAAUUGAAACGGAAAAUUCCAAAACGACAAAAAUGACUAACCCAAUUCAAAAUAAAAUAGAGUCUCGGUUUGAAAAAGUGAAAUUCGUGCCCACAACAAGGAAAUCGAGACGUGUGGAGACAACCACGGUGAAUAUGAAAGAAAAACAAAGUGGAAAGUUGACCAGCGAAUCUGCUAACUCGACUUCAGUGCAAAGAAAGAGAAAGCGCAGGACGACGACACCGUUGAUUUCAAGAAGGAGGAAAACCACCACUCCAAAUUACUACGACGAAUUUUACCAAGAAGUGGACUUGCCCAAGAAGCGGCGGAAGAAACGUCCACCCAUGAUGAUCUACGUUGUAAGGCCGACGCCACCAGCAAAUGGAAACAAUUAUUUCAACUCGUCCUUUUACAUAAAUCCUUCGCCCUCCUACUAUGAUAUUUUCAGCACUUACUAUCCGAAUUAUAACUGGAGUAAUUUUUACACCCAAAAUUAUAGUCAAGAAUAUGGAAAUUAUUCAAAUUUCUACGGUUCAACGCCGUCGUACAAUCGGUCUUAUUAUUAUGGCGGUGAGAAUUAUUCCCAAAUUUACAAUUACAACUUUUCGACAUUGCAAGACUACUUCCCGAAUCACAACUGGAGCUACUUUUCCGGAAAUUACGCUCAAAAUAAUUGGACAGAUCAGCCUCGUUUAAUGACGCAUGUGUUCAUGCCCAGCAAUUUCUCUAAUAAUAAUUUCGUGGCCAACAACUGGACUUGGUCCCAAAUGCCUACCAAUUGGUCUACGUAUAAUCCAAACGGUUGGAAUUCCAGCAUUGGGUCUUACAAGCCCAGUACCUGGACGUAUGUGGCCAGCAACUGGACUUGGACGAAAAUGCCAAUGAAUGCGACUACGUAUAAGGCUCCAAAUUGAAAAUAAAGUGGGAUGAAUAAAAACUAAAAGCU